AUGAAGACCGCUAUUCUGCUGUUUUGUCUUCUAGGAUCAACUCAGUCACUACCAAAGCAACCUAACCCCACUUUGGGAUAUCCUCCAACAAAACCAACUCCAGAGCAGGUGACACUACUGAACCAACAGCAAUCACAUCAGGUCUUCCCUUCUUUAAGUCUAAUACCAUUAACACACUUGUUCACCCUGGGGUCAGAUCUGCAACUGUUCAAUCAUGCCACUGGAAUAGCCCCUGGAACACAUACUCUCCCAGUGACCCUGGGAGCAUUGAACGGACAACAGCAGCUACCAUCACAAAUGUUACCAAUUAUUGUAGCAUCACUUGGAGCCCAGGGUGCUAUCCUAAGCUCAGAAGAAUUGCCACUAGCCUCACAAAUCUUCACAGGCCUCCUCAUUCAUCCCUUGUUCCCUGGAAACAUCUUGCCCACCAGUCAAACUGGGCCUACUCCAGGUGCUCAGGAUGGAGUCUUCCCUGCAGGACAAGCAGGAGUAAAACCUGCCAUCCAGGGAACCACAGAGAGUCACAUCUCAACUCCCAGUGUCACAGAUGAUGACUUUGGAGGGACAACCCCUGCAGGCAUCCGAAGGGGCAUGCACACUACUGUGGAAGAAACCACUGCAGACUGA